AGUCAACAUUGGCGCUUCCAUUGCUGUUUUCUUGUUUAGCUAUAGAGUUGUGUAUAGCCACACCUUCUCAAAAAGGUGGACAUCCGAGUCUAUGAAAUACAUGAGGAGAGUUAUGAGCUGCUAAACUGGCGACCUGACGUGGGUGUCUCAUUCGCAAAGGGACACAGCCCAUUCGCUGUUGUUGCUGCUUUUGGCUUUCCCUUUCUGCCCUCCACAUGCUGGUUAUAUGAAACGGUCUAUUUUGGAUUUUCCUUUUUAAUUGCUCGGAAGUGCCAUUGAGGAAGCGUUGAUGAUGCUUGACGUGGCGUACAUCGUGCGCUGCCAGCGUUGCGGUGUCGCACGCAAGUCCUACAACGAUCCCAGGCGCGGCAUCAGCGUCAUUGAGUGCAAGCGACCGUGCGGCAACUCCCAUUACGACUGGAGCCUUGUUCGCAUCAUUCCAGCCACGAUGACAUGGCCGCCUGAGCCCCCGGAGGAGAGCGAUGUUCUUCUCUAUGUCCCCCCGCUGCAUCCGCCACCGCCGCCACCGCCGCCGCUGCCGUCGGCAGAGCGCGACGCAAGUCCUUCUCCCACACAUCCCAGUGCUGAGCGAGACAAGAAGAGACUAGGGAAGGUAACGUUUAAGGGCAAAGGAAACGGGUCUGUGGUGCGUUCAUGCUCUGCCUCGGCAGGUGCGAAAGUCGCGGUGAGCGUCGUCUCUGCAAAGGCUGUGGAAGAAAACGAGGAAAUCACCAACGAUGCAGCCGGGGUGAAAGCCGCGUCGUCGCAUGCACGGACGAAGAAAGAGAGGGGAGUUUGCAUUGUACAGUAA